GCCAUUUGUAUGACGUAUGCUUCCUUCAGGCAAUUCACACACAUCCGGAACAAUUCAAUACGCAACACACUAGGUGCAACACAAACUCGUAAAUCUACUUUCAAGGAUAAUGUCAUAUCAACCGAACAAGAAACAACAGAAACCAAUUUGUUUACAGCACAUUUCUGUAUUAGAAAUAUUUAAAAAAAAAAAAAACAAAAAGCCAAUUCUAUAAUGGAUGACGCGCAAGUUCUCGAAAUUCUUCCUCUUGUUAAAAAACAGGUCAGUGUUUCUUGUUGUUUCAUCAAAGUAAUAGUUAUAAAAAUGGAGUAGCCUCUAAUCUCUAUCAUUAAGAGACUGAAAGCUCAUUCGAGGUCGUAUCUCUGUUAUUUCUUAACAAAAGCGUUUGAAAAACUGGCGUUUACGAGGAGUCAUGAAGGCACCGCAAUGUUCGUGGCAAUGUUUUCAACUUCGACCUUUAAAUCACAUGUUUUAGGGGAUUUCCACAUCAAAAUAUCAAGGCAAUAAUUGUGCCAAGCACUAAUCUCAAGUGUUGACGGUGUGUUUACAGCAUCUAAUUAGUCUUAAUUGUAUGUUUUAUUCAAAAAAUAACUUACUUCUUGCAUGAAUUGUUGUCAUGCCUAUGACAUUUGAGCAGUCUGUGUCCCAUCUAUUUUUGUCCAGUUUCUGGGUUAGGGUUGGACUGCUGACACUGUUGGCUGGUCGGACAACACUGUUGGCAUGAAAUGGUUGUUUAGUAGAACAGACGGAUUUUCUGAAUUAUCCAGACACAAUAUUUAUGGCUGGUUUGUAUAUCUCCCGCAGCCAUUCUCAUGGACCUGUUUGAGAUCAGAGGAGGCACACUGGAUGUGAUUGCAGAAGAAGCAGAGCACCAGGAUUUGAGCAGAGAGUCGACCACUAUGGAGUCCUUUAAUGUGACUUCAGACAGAGGAGGGAGGACAACCCGAGACGUAUCCACCUUCCAGAGGUUUUCUGUGGACACCAAUGAGUCCCUUCAUUUUGAGCCCUGUGAGGCCAUCACCCCAUCUCCCACUGGGGCGGAAGAUGGAAAUGAUGAGGAUGACGUGUUUAAGGAGGAAGGAACAGAGAGUGAAAUCGUCAAAAUCAGGAAUCGUUUGCAAGCAAAGGUUGCUGAGAUGGAGAGCUUUGCAGGUCAUCUAGAGGAAAUCUUUCUCACCGUGGAGGAGAAUUUUGGCCGUCAGGAGCAGCACUUGGAGCAGCACUACAACGAUGUGCUGCAGACGUUGUCUCAGAGGUACGAUGAGAGAGCGGCUGGUUUGGAGGAGGAGAAGAAAGGAAAGCUGGAGGCCCUGUACACUCAGCUGCUGUCUUGUGGCCAGGCGAUGGAUGCUUCCAAAGAGCUUAUUGAGACGGCCCAGGAGAUCUACCGCACUCAAGACAAAAGGCUUUUCCUGAAGACAGUUAUGCCCACCAUCAAAAGCAUCGAGGAGUUUGCUAAGGAAGAGAGUGACCUCACAUUGACCACACGUCUGGAGUUUAACACACCGCUGGCUGACCUGUCAGAUGUCAAAACCAUGAUGGACUCCAUCAAUGUCGUUCCAGCUCCCUCCGCCCCAGUCAUCAACCCCCAGAUGCCAAACUCUGCCACCCAGACGUCGCUGCGUGUCUGCUGGAGCCUUUUCUCCGAUGACACAGUGGAGUACUACGAGCUUUACUACAGACCCGUUUUGGAGGACAAGCCAGCAGACAGCACCCACACAGCACAAGAGAGUAAGGUCAAGGUGAAGGAGACCCACUGCACUGUGACAGAUCUGCUGCCCAAUGCUCAGUAUGAACUGUGGGUGACGGCUACCAACACCACAGGAAUCAGCCCAGCGAGCGAGAAGGCCUUAUACAUCACAGUGCCAUCGCCUCCAGUGAUCAAGCGGAGGGAGUGUACAAGCUGUACAGAUGCAGCUCUGAUCCGCUGGGAGUCAGGAAACACCAACCCUGUGGACUCUUACACUGUGGAGCUCAGUGAGAUGGGAACUGAUGACACACAAAGCAGUGUCACAGAGUCCAUAGUAGCCGUGCCCACCUGUCAGUGUUUGAUCCAGCUGCAGUCAGGACGGCGUUAUCUUAUAUCUGUGAGAGCGGUUAACAUUGGCGGGCCCAGCGACAGGAGUGAAGUUAUUACAGUCUCUACGACAGGUACAUUCUUCUAUCUCCUGGAGGAUACCGCCCAUCCUUGUCUGUCCAUCUCUGAGGAUGGCUUCACCAUGUUUUAUGGAGACGAGGAGCUGCCAAUUAGUGCAAUGGGUUUAGAUGAUAACACAUUUGCCAGAUGUGUGGCUGUCCUGGGGGACCUGAUUCCAGUGCGAGGCCGACAUUACUGGGAAGUCGAGGUGGAUGACGGGAGUGAGUAUAGGAUCGGCGUUGCGUACGAGGACACUGAGAGGAAUUCGUACCUCGGAGCCAAAACCACGUCCUGGUGUAUGAGACACAUUCUGACGCCAUCCAGGCAUAAAUAUGAAUUCCUACACAACGGUUGGAGUCCAGACCUGAGGAUCACUGUGAACCCAUUGAGGAUAGGAGUGGCUCUGGACUACGAGAGGGGGACUCUGUCCUUCUUUAAUGUUGAUCUGGAACAACAUCUGCACACCUUCCAGUGUCACUUCAGAAAUUAUAUCCACCCCUGCUUUAGCCUGGACAACCCAGGAGCUCUUACAGUACACAAUGGCAUAGAAGCUCCAGAAUAUGCAUUCAUCUGAAACCAGCUCUCAUUAAACCCAGGGUUGAACCAGGAGAUGAAACCUCUUUCAAAUACUUACCAGAGGUCAGGGUGUCAAUGCCAACAACGCAAACACCAACAUUCAUUCAAAAUAAAACCAUCUGCUGACCUUUCAUAGCAUUAUUAAAUGUGCAGGAUAUAAAGACAUUAUGUUUUCAGUUGUUUUUUAUUUUAAUAUUCCAUGGGAACAGGCAUACACCAUUUUUCCAAGAUAAGAAAAAGCUUCACAGAAUUUUACAAUAUGUAUUUAUAUCAUCAGCACCUGCAGCGGAACAAGUGUUUACAUUUUUAAAAAAGAAAUACGGGGCUUGUUUUUUGAUUAAGCAAAAAGGUGCUUU